AGAACGAGGGUGUAAAUAUUUAUUUCCUUUCUAUAAUAAUAUUAAUUCUGGAUAUUUAUGGGAGAGAGAGAGAGAGAGAGAGAGGGAGAGAGAAUUACUUGCGACGGCUAUUGAUGUAGGGGAGGAGAGAGGAGGAAGCAGAGAACUGCAGCGCACGUUGGCGCACGUUAGCAGCUCUCGCGGCCGCCUUCUCUCGCACCCAUGGAUUCUGUUCUUUCUGCUUUCCAUUCCCCUUUCGAAGAUCGCUUCCUCUCCAAGCGAUGCGAUUUGUGAAAGACGAACUCAGCUGAGUCGAAACGAUUCCCAAUCUCCUCUUUUCUCAGACCUGGCAGACCUCAAAGCGACCCUUGCCUUCCUCUUCCUCAAUCUCUCCUCUCGAUUCUCAGAUCUCGUGGCGAGGAAGAAGAGAAAGAGGAACGGAGAUUUCAGACGGAGGAAGAUGCUCUGGAUCAUGAGAUUUUCCGGAUUCUUCUCCGCAGCGAUGGUCCUAAUCGUCUUAUCUCCUUCUUUACAGUCUUUCCCCCCUGCAGAAGCAAUCAGAUCCUCACAUAUCGACGGCUAUCUACGAUUUCCGGGCCAGAUCUCGACCGUCGAUUCUCCAAAACGCUUCUCCUUCCGAAAAGCCCCCGCAUUCAGCAAUGCCGACCAAUGCAGCCGGUCCGGCGGGAAGGAAAUGACGGUCUGCGAUCCGUCGCUCGUCCACAUCGCCAUCACGCUCGAUGUGGAGUACCUGCGUGGCUCAAUCGCGGCCGUUCAUUCGAUCCUGCAGCACUCGCUCUGCCCGGAGAACAUCUUCUUCCACUUCCUGGUCUCGGAGACGGAUCUCGAAGUCCUGAUCCGGGCAACGUUCCCGCAGCUGAAAUUCAAGGUCUACUUCUUCGACCCGGAGAUCGUGCGGCCCCUGAUAUCGACGUCCGUACGGCAGGCUCUCGAGCAGCCGUUGAAUUACGCGAGGAACUACCUGGCCGACAUUCUCGAGCCCUGCGUCCGCCGCGUCGUCUACCUCGACUCGGACCUCGUCGUCGUAGACGACGUUUCGAAGCUCUGGUCCACGGCCCUGGGCCCGAGGACUAUCGGCGCGCCGGAAUACUGCCACGCGAACUUCACUAAGUACUUCACCGACCGGUUUUGGUCCGACGAGCGGUUUUCCGGCGCUUUCAACGGCCGGAGGCCGUGCUACUUCAACACCGGCGUCAUGGUGAUCGAUCUGGUGAAGUGGAGGAGGUUUGGGUUCACGAGAAGGAUUGAACGGUGGAUGGAGAUCCAAAAGUACGGCCGGAUUUACGAGCUGGGAUCACUCCCGCCGUUCCUUCUGGUCUUCGCGGGACACGUGGCACCCAUCGAGCACAGAUGGAACCAGCACGGUCUUGGAGGUGAUAACGUGAAGGGCAGCUGUCGGGAUCUGCACCCCGGUCCGGUCAGCUUGCUACACUGGAGUGGGAGCGGUAAGCCGUGGCUCCGGCUCGACUCGAACCGGCCCUGCCCGCUCGACUCGCUCUGGGCGCCUUACGACCUGUACCGGCCUUCUCCCUGACCGGUCAUAGCCGGUAAAUUCCUCCAUUUUCUUCCUUUUUUAAAAAGCAUUUUUCUCCGUUUCUUAUUUUUCAUGUUUUUUUUUUUUUUUUUACAAUUUUUGUCGGCGUUUUUUCCAGGCAUUUUGUAUUUUAUUCUAUUAUUCGUGCCUUUGGAAAUAAAAAUUAAAUGAAAAAAGAAAAACAGAUAUUCAUUUUGUUUAAUUUA